CAAGCGUUGUUGGACAGUUGGUCGUUCGCGCAUUUGCACGACGGUUCCCUCGCGGUGUGGUGGCGAAUAGUCAGUGUUCGUGUACGAUUACCGGUGUUGAUAUCAGUUAACCACAUUGAGAACAUAUCGAACCGUACACCAUGGUUGGUCCUCCGAAAAUCCCCCAGUGCGGAUAAACUCAGUUCACAUUUUCAAACUAACAGACAUUCUCUAGUAUUAUUCUGAUCAAUCUGCUUUUAUUUAGUGAUAAUGCGAUCAAUUCGUUCCUUUUUGUAGAUAGGUUAGUACAAGAUUCACAAUAUUUUAUUAACUAAAGGUAGCUAUUACUGUGUAAAUAAUUAUAGACCCAUAUCACUUUUACAACCUUUUUGAAAUUGCGGCCCACAAAAGUGAGUUUGUCGUUUUCAAAACCCGAAAUUCCUCGUAGGAAAGUGUAGUAUUCUUUAGAGUUUUAAAUAAACUGUGCACGCACUUGGUAUUUCCAAAGUCUAAGUUCGAACCGAGAGCGACAUGACGAGGUCGUAGACUUCAGUAGAUGUUCUCAAGACAAGAAUACAACAUGACUGGGAAAGGAGGAUACGGAGACAACUUGAGUCAGGUGACACUGACGGGGUUCCUACAGAACGAAGAGGACUCGCCACCCACCAAGGAGAAGCUGCAAGACCACGGAGGAGUUGUAAAUAAGAGCUUCGAGAUGCCAGCGGAUGACCUUCCAACCAACGGACUCACCGGCAAGUCCCAAAGUGUGACAGUCACGGUGUCCGAGGGACGAUGUGAUCGCGGACCUCUAGACUCUGCCCUCUCCUUCUGCAGCCACCGUCUCAGGCGGGCAUUCACCAGGAAGAAUCUGUACAAGAGGGUACCGAUACUAGGCUGGUUACCCAACUAUACAAGUGAAGACGCUAUCAGUGAUUUGGUAGCAGGUGUAACUGUUGGACUGACUGUGAUUCCACAAGGCAUAGCUUAUGCCAAUGUCGCUGGUAUCCCACCACAGUAUGGCCUUUACUCGUCGUUCAUGGCGUGUUUUGUCUACACGUUGUUCGGCAGUUGUAAAGACUCUCCUCUCGGACCGACGGCAAUCAUGGCGAUCCUGACGAGAGAAAACCUCCACAACACCGGCCCGCAGGGUGCAAUACUGCUGUGCUUCCUGACAGGCUGUGUACAGCUUGUUAUGGGCGUACUGCAACUGGGGUUCCUAAUCGACUUUAUCUCUGGACCAGUAUCUGUGGGCUUCACUUCCGCAGCUGCCAUCAUUAUUGCGACCACAAUGCUCAAGGACCUAUUGGGACUUCAGUUUACCGCCAACAAGUUCGUAGAGACACUGGAGGGGGUGGUCACACACCUUGGUCACGCAAGGCUAGGUGACGCAGUUCUGGGAGUCACGUGCAUGGCUGUGCUGUUGUUUCUCAGGAAAAUCAAAGACCUUCCAGUUGGUCCGGCUGAUGUCAACAAACGAACACCUUCACAGAGGUUCCUCGCUCAGACGCUCUGGCUCGUCUCAACUGCGAGGAACAUCUUGGUGGUUCUUGUCUGCGGAGUACUCUCAUACGUCUUUGAAACUCACAACCUCAAUCCAUUUAUCCUUUCAGCUCAUGUGAAGGGAGGUUUGCCGAUGUUUGAGCCGCCACCAUUUACGAUCACGUCACAGAACGUUACAUACAACUUCCUCGACUUGACGUCACAAUUCAGCUCUGCAAUCAUUGUGCUGCCCUUGUUGUCCAUAUUGGAAGACAUCUCACUUGCCAAAGUGUUCUCGGCAGGAAAGAGUAUAGACGCCACACAGGAGAUGUUGGCGCUAGGUAUGUGCAACUUGGUGUCAUCCUUUGUAGGCUCAAUGCCCGUGUCAGGCGCCCUGUCUCGAGGAGCUGUCAACAAUGCUAGCGGUGUGAGGACUACGUUUGGCGGAAUAUACACAGGUAUCUUGGUACUGCUGUCCCUGUAUUUCUUCACCCCGUAUUUCCACUACAUCCCCAAAGCCUCCCUGGCUGCUGUAAUCAUCGCAGCUGUCGUCUUCAUGGUGGAGUUCCAUGUAAUCAAACCCAUUUGGAGGACUAACAAAAUGGACUUGAUCCCAGCAGCCGCAACAUUCUUAAGUUGUCUACUCAUCAGGUUAGAGCUGGGGAUUGUCAUUGGGAUUUCCAUCAAUGUAAUCUUCCUUCUGUACGCAUCCGCUAGACCUUCAGUUAACGUGGAGAGGCUUAAGACUGACUGGGGAUGUGAAUACCUGAUGAUUACGCCAGACCGCAGUCUCGUCUUUCCUUCAGUCGAGUACGUCCGCAGCACUGUGCGCAAGAUAGGAGUCAAGCAAGGCUCAAGCAGUAUUCCCGUGGUCAUAGACAGUCGACAUGUACAGGGUGUUGACUUCACUGCAGCCAGGGGGGUGAAGUCUCUGAUAGAUGACUUUGUCUACCGCAACCAGCCUCUAUUGUUCUACAACCUCAAGCCCAGCGUAGUUGAAGUUUUUCAGGUGAUGCAACCCGUCAGGUUCCUACACUGCAGUACUGAACAACAGCUGCACUCGCUGCUCAGAGAACAUUGUACAAAGACCCCACAGCUGCCUUCUAAGUAGUUUUCUACGAGAUGCUGCUGUCAAAAGACUCAUAAUUUUAACGAACAUUGUGAUUUAGUGUAAAUUAGCAUAACUAUUAGUGUGAACAGUAUUUAUUAGUAAAUUAAAUAUUGUGUGUUUU